AACGCAGCCGAUCAAACAAGACAACCAGGCCGAUCUUUUCUAAUUAUUAUUCGCACAGCUUUUCUCCCCGUAUCACGUUCUUCUCAUCUAACCUUUCACACCCCUCUUCACGUUCUCUUAACUCUUCUUCACCCAAAACCAACACACCAAAGUUCCUAUUUUCAUCCCAAAUUUCACAUCUUUAUUAGCAAUUAACUCUUCAAUCACACCCACAAUCGAAUCAACCCUUGUUCAAUCUCAAAAAAGAUUCCGAUUUCAUCAUACCCACUUCGAAUUUCGAUUGUUAAAUGCUCAAUUUUGUUGAUUAAGAAUUAGGGUUUACAGUCAUGAAGGCCAUGGAGACUUUGCAGGAUCUGAUCGAAGAAGCAAAACUUCGAACUGUUUGGUGGGCUCUUUGUAUCUUUGCUGUUUCUUACUUCUUGGCUCACACCAGCAAAUCAAUGUGGAUGAAUGUCCCUAUAGCGAUACUUUUGGUAUGCGCAUCGAGAAUUUUGUUAAACGAAGUUGAAUUUCGAAGGAAGGUUAAGAAAACCGAGCCGCUAACGUAUUUAUCGCAUUUAGAAAAGAAGCAGUUAUCUGUGAACGAUUCUCGGCUUUCCACUUUGCCGCCUCCGCCUAGAUGGAAGAGGAAAAUUGAAUCUCCAAUAGUCGAGGCUGCAAUGGAGGAUUUUAUUAACAAGCUUUUGCAGGAUUUUGUUGUUGAUUUAUGGUAUUCGGAUAUUACGCCGGAUAAGGAGUUUCCUGAGCUUAUACGGGGGAUUAUUAUGGAUGUUCUUGCGGAAGUAUCUGCAAGGGUUAAGAAUAUAAAUCUUGUUGACUUGUUAACGAGAGACGUCGUCGAUCUUGUCGGAGUCCACCUAGAGCUUUUUAGAAAAAACCAAGCAGCAAUCGGUGUUGAAGUUAUGGUAACAUUAUCUUCAGAAGAAAGAGACGAAAGAUUAAAACACCAUCUCAUGGUUUCUAACGAGCUUCAUCCCGCUCUAUUAUCUCCCGAGAGUGAGUACAAGUUUCUUAAACGUAUUAUGGGGGCGGUCGUGGCUGUAGUACUAAAACAACGAGAAGCCCAAUCUGCGUUGGUUAGAUGCAUUUCGCGUGAGCUUUUAACAUGUUUGGUUAUGGAACCCGUUAUGAGAUUCGCAAGCCCUGCCUACAUUAACGAGUUGCUCGAGGUUAUUUUUCUUGCGUCUGCUAACGAUGGAUGCAAAGAGGCCGGUGAAGGUCAAUCCGGCAGUUUUAGCGGCCAGAAACAGGAUCAAUCCGCUGCUACGACGAGCAAAACCGAUCAUUCCGUUAGUCCGAAAAGUGACGUGGGACAAGAGCUUGCGUUAUAUAAGCCACGUACGAUCUUUCAAGACGAAACAAAGCAUUUACCGGCUGCUGACUGGGCUCGGGGUCUCGAAGCAGCGACACAAAGACGGACAGAGGUUCUUCAGCCGGAAAAUCUUGAAAACAUGUGGACUAAAGGACGAAAUUAUAAAAAGAAAGCUCAGAAAAACGCUGAGAAGAACGCUGCACGAGAAUCGAAAACUGGUAAUAAUAAAGAUACCGUAAACGAAACGUUACCUAAAAAGCUCGAGACGUCAACCAGUAUCGGUAGGACUUUAGGACAGAUCCCACCGAAACCUCGUCUAGAUGGUCAACGAAGCGACCAGUAUUUUGAUGGUGGUCAAAGUAGCAUGUUGACUUUUGAUGCAGGAGUCGAAGAGAGUUUAGUUGGUAACAGUGGAAGUAAAACUACCUUAAGAAAAUCAAACAGCACUUCUGAUUUGAACAACGACCCUGUGAUUGAAACUGCGUAUGCAGAGCAAGUUAGCGGGUCGAUAAUAUCGGAGUUUUAUAGCGCAAAUGCUGGCAGACAUGAUACACAUAAUAUAAAUACGAUUUCAGAUAAAGUAUUACGUAUCGAAGGGUAUAGUCCCAAGCUUAAGUGUCGGGUUAUGGGAGCGUAUUUCGAGAAACUCGGGUCAAAAUCUUUUGCGGUCUAUUCAAUUGCGGUCACAGAUGCCGAAAACAACACGUGGUUUGUGAAAAGAAGAUACCGGAACUUUGAGAGAUUGCAUCGUCAACUUAAGGACAUUCCGAACUAUACGUUACAUUUGCCUCCCAAAAGGAUAUUUUCUUCAAAUACAGAAGAUGCAUUUGUUCAUCAACGUUGCAUUCAGCUUGAUAAAUAUUUGCAAGAUCUGUUGUCGAUAGCCAAUGUCGCAGAACAACAUGAAGUUUGGGACUUUUUAAGUCUUUCUUCAAAGAAUUACUCUUUUGGGAAAUCCUCUUCCGUUAUGAGAACAUUAGCAGUUAAUGUGGAUGAUGCGGUGGAUGAUAUCGUGCGUCAAUUCAAAGGCGUUUCAGAUGGUCUAAUGAGGAAAGUUGUGGGCCCGACCUUCACUUCCGAAUCCGUGUCUUCAGCUGCAACCCGAACUUUAACAUGGAAACCUGAUGAACUCAGUAACUCCUUCCCGAGGCCGACUACUUCUGAAUCCGCUAACAGUCUUUCCGAUAGUGAGAUGGGUUCUAGUUCAAAAGCUAACGGGUGGCAUUCGGAUAACGAGUUAAAUUCAAAAGGAUUCCCACCUCGGGUUGUCAAACAUGAUGAACUUUUAAGAAGCUUAGAUUCUGAAAAACGAGCUAGUUCGGAAGUGCGAUCGGAGAUACUUAAUCUGGCAGCUAAUUUUCCUUCUACGUCAGAUCGCAUGGAAGACCCGCUUGACAUGCCAGCUGAGUGGACGCCACCUAAUGUCAGUGUUCCCUUGCUAAAUUUGGUAGACAAGAUAUUUCAGCUCAACCGAAGAGGGUGGUUAAGACGACAGGUGUUUUGGAUAUCAAAGCAAAUAUUGCAGUUAAUGAUGGAAGAUGCUAUUGAUGACUGGCUCUUACGGCAAAUACAUUGGCUCAGGAGAGAUGACAUUGUGGCUCACGGGAUACGUUGGAUACAAGAUGUAUUGUGGCCCGACGGCGUAUUUUUUACAAGAGUGAAUACUCAAAACCGAAACGGUUCGCAAUCCGAUCAAGAUUCACCACCAGCUAUGAGUCAAUCGUCUGGCAGUAAGGUCAACAAACAAGGGUUGUUUGAGGAGCAGCUCGAGGCUGCUCGAAGGGCUAGUGACGUCAAAAAGAUGAUCUUUAACGGAGCCCCCACCACAUUGGUCAGUUUGAUCGGUCAUAACCAAUACAAGCGUUGUGCAAAAGACGUAUACUAUUUUCUCCAGUCUGAUGUAUGUUUGAAACAACUUGCAUAUGGGUUACUUGAACAAGUAAUCAUAACAGUAUUCCCUGAGCUGCAUGAUAUCGUUACAGAUGUUAACGCAAAGAAGCAAACCUCUCAAAUGUAGAUUCCACGAUUUUGGUGUUUGUAAGUUCAGGAUCUUUUGCUUAGAUCCCGAAACUUUGGUGUUUACGUGGCAUUGGUUUUUGUCGUGGUUUUUAUACGUUCAAUUGGUUUCUCGGAUCUUGUUCUAAAUGUACAGAAAGCGCGUAGUUAGACUGUGCAUAGCUUGUAAGAGUACAAAUGAUACCGUUUCAACGUACCAUCUUGACCAUAUAGUUUUGUAAUUAUGUUUGUUGGUUGACUAGCUUUCUGACUAUUAUCUUUCUAAAUUUAGAAUUGAGU